CUCUUUCACCACUUGCAGUAUUCUAAGCUACUCCAACAGCAGCGUAGCACGCUCUGCAGUUGAGAGACAAAACUCUCUGUUUCUAUUUUGUUGAAAUUCUGUGCGCUUACAGCUCUUGUCGUAGUAUUUAUGUAGCGCCGACACACUGGAAAUUUGUGUACGGGCAUAUCUGCCCUCUGCGUUCAAGCGUACGCAUCCAGUCCUAUCGCCCUGGCUCUCCGACCCAAAAUUCGACUCCUACGAUGCGCGCUGUACAGCUUUUCGACCGUUUCGGACUGUAUGACUUGUGAUCAUUGUUUUUAUUAGGUUGAACUGAGACACCUACGGUCAUCAUACUUCCCUUCUCCAGCUUGCUCCGAACCAAUGGAGGCAGGACAGGGCCCUGUUCAGGAUCGGGCCACGGUGGCGACCCCGAAGACGUCGCUGAGUUGCCGGACGUCAUCGACCAGCCGCAUAAACACCGAAUGCAUCUCGCACCACUGGACCAUCGAAAACUUCAGCAAAUGCCAGUUCUUCCAAAGUGGCACUUUCUUCAGUGAAGAGUUCCCAAAGGACUCGCCACUGGUGCGCCUCAAGCUUCGGUUGGAUCUAACUAAGGACUAUGCAUCCAUCUGUGUGGUGCCCGUCCACGGGAUGCAGGGGCGCAACUGUGUGUACACGCUGACACUUCUUGGUGAGGCAGGCCGGCCCGUGCAGCGGUACUUCCACAACGGCUUCCACACGCUGUACCGUGGCAGCACCAACUACCUGGGCAUUGAGCUCUGCAAGGCAUUUCUCUACAACCGCGAGAAUAAGUGCAUUCAUGGCGAUUCCCUAAGCAUUCUGUUUGAGGUUGAGUUCCUUGCGAACAGCACCAACACACCCAUCAAGCGCACUGACAUCCCUGUCAGUCCGCUGCUCAAGAAUUUGGCAGGCCUGCUUGAGGACAAGAGCUUUGGCAACGUGCAGCUGACGGUGCAGCAGCGGAACCUGUAUGCCCAUCGCGACGUCCUGAUGCUUUCGUCGCCUGUGUUUGGCGCCAUGUUCUCGCAUCCCACAAAGGAGUCGCAAGAGCAGGUAAUCCACCUGCCAGACCAAUCCUUUGACGCCAUGCGUGAGAUGCUGCUCUUUAUCUACACGGGUGAAGUUCCAAACCUGGACAAGGUUGCCGAAGACCUGUAUGUGGCUGCAGACAAGUACUCUAUGAGUGAACUGAAGACUCUCUGUGGGGACUACUUGGGUUCAAACCUGACUGUGGAGAGGGCGGCCGAUGCCUUUGUCCUCUCUAACAUGUACAGUGACGCUGAGCUCUCGCGGAGCAUUGCUCGCUUCAUUGCAGACCACUUGGUGGCUGUACAAAGGACUGCUGGUUGGAAGAACAUCUGGGGCAAACCUGACAUAACUGAGCGACUGUUUAUGCUCAUUGCAGAUAUUGGCAAUACCCUCGAGUCAGCCCCAUAAUUUGCUGCUGAUGGGGAGGCGUAUCCCAGCAUUUUGCUCCAGUGUUCAGUGUGCAUUUGAAUGGUGUUGAGUGAAUCUUUUUAGAAGUUCAACCAAAGGCAGAAGUUUGUGCUUAAGCGUACACAAGCAUCACCUUUUGAUGUGCGCUGAUGAAAAUUAGGUCGCUAUCUUUUGUCAAGCUAGACAUGAAUCUUGAACUAAUGAAAGAACUCGUGUAGUCUUUGUUAAGACCCUCAAAGUGCAUCAGUUGUGCUGUCAGGUUAUGCUUCUAGCUGACGCUGGCCAUUGCAUUAAGUCAGCUAUUUAGUUUUAUUCAUGGGAGAGCUUUUGCCAGAUGGCAUAGUCAUCGGCAGUGUGUUGAAAGUUUCUUGUAGAAGAUCAGGCAAAUGCAAAAGUUUGUAUGGUGUUAAUAGCUUUAAAUGCUUCUGCUCCAAGUAUUACUUAGCAUGCAUUAAAUAUGGUUUAGGCAUCUUGCACAGCUGGCCUUUGUUGAAUUGGUUGAGUGAGAAGUGAGGACUGUGCUGGCUCGUGGAGGUUACUACGAUUGAGGCUCGAUUAGUCAUUGUGGCACACGUGCCACUGACAUUGGCAAAGCCCUCAAGCCAGCGACCAAGUGUGAUUUGCGGGAAUUAUCAGCCAGUACUUUGCUGCAGUGGUGUGCACUUUGUUGUAAAAAUUUUUUCCUCUUAAAGUUUGUGCCACGUUGAAAAUGUACUGUGUGUGCAGUACGGAAGUUUUCAUUCCAGACACUGCUAUGUGCACUAACGAAAGUUAAAACACACACACGACUGUCUUUGCAAGGAAUAGAAAAAUAGUGAAUAGAAUGUGCUGCGUCACCUCUGCCAAUACCUUCGGGGGAAAGUGUCAUUGUGAUAAGAAGCAAAAAUGAAUACCGAGUAGUGUGUAGUGUUUGCCACUUGUUUGCUAGGGCUGAGACAUAAAAGUGAGAGAAAGAACUGUAACCUGGGCAAGUUGGUAUACAAUUCAUCUUCAGAAAAAAGUGCCAGUAAACAAGGGACAUAGAAAAGCAAGUGCUGGCACUACUCGCAACUAGCAACUAACAAUUUUUAGCUGUGCGUAACUUGGCAUUUAUCUGCAUUUCUAUGUUCCUUGUUUGUUGGCACUUUGUUCUGAAGCUGCUGGUAAAAGUUAGAAACGUGGCUUCCUUUUGGAUGCUUUAGACACAUAUCCCUCCUGUAAGGAUUGCUGGUGAUUACAUUUUGUGACGUUCCCAUGAGUUAAUCUUAUCACUCUGGAAUGUGAUGUAGCUUUGAAGCGUUUGACAUCGGUUGCACACUAAGUUUCCUAUGUUAAGCAGAUGCAUCAAUGAUAAGUUUGAUACUUUGGCAUAUGUUUUAAAGCAGCAGCAGUCAAUGCUUCAGAACCCACAUGCCAACUGUCUGCUUGCACAGGUGUCAAAAAGUGGGUGAAGCAAGUUAUGUCACUCUCAUGGAAAAGCUAAGAAAGCCAAAUGGCACGUUGCUGCAUUGCAGCAACUGUGUUGUUGCUAUGCAGCAGUCAGGUAAACAGCUGUAAGCAUUGUGGUAGUGUUAAGUGCUUGUGUGUAAAGCUUGUGCUGAAAGCUAACAGACAUAGUUUGGACCAAGUCUUAGAAAAUAACUGUCAGUAGCAGUUCUCUCAAAUUUUGACACAUCGGGGGCAUUCUACAAGCUCUCCAUAAUUUUUGCUAUAGGUUGCUACACAAAGAAAUGUUCGUCUUGAUGGAUUAGUCACGUUAAGCUUUCUCAACUUCGUGUGCAACUGUUCUUGUGCAAUUAAUGCUGGCAGUGACCUGCCUAGGCCAUUAGCAGACUUUGAUGUUGGUACAACAUGUGGAAACUUGUGGUGACGCUUGUCCUGUGUAGAUCUACAGCUCUAAUUUUAUUGAAUGAAAUACGAGUGGCUUCAGUAGUUUGAAAUACAUUAUUUAUCAGAACUUCACACAUAGAUUGUAUUGUACCUUGCACUAGUUUGCUCACCUUUCACAGAACAAUUGUUGCUUACAAAUAUACCACUUGGGUGGGCCGAGUGACUGUGUUGUUUGGCAAAGCUGUCCAGGCUGAGAGAUGGUUUGAGCAUGGCCAAGUUUCUGUUGCACUUUGUGAAGCACUGUGAUCCAGCAUGUCUUGUGGGACUAAGCUGUUGGUCUUGCACAGUCUUUCCGUUUCCUUCGGCACCUGCUGCACAACUUCAUCUAUUAUAUCUGCCAACCAUUGUAUGUACAAAAAGGUGGCCUUGGUUAGCUUUAGCAACCACUCCAAAGUAAAUAAAAGUGCAAAUACAGGUGGCACCCAGAUGGUGAUGCAAGAUCAAUGGGCUGCGUGUUUCCGCUGAAUGUGCAAAUAUCCUUUGGCAUAUAUAUUUACAAUGCUUGGCAAUGUAUUUAAUGUUCCUCAGAGUACACACUAAGGUCAGUUCAGGGUGCUGCAAUGCUUAGUUGCUUGAACGCUCAAGUCCUAGAGGCCAAAGGUAUUUUACGCAUUUUUCAGCAUCUAGAGAGUGCAUUUGGCAUUUGCACUACACCGUGCACAAAGCUGUGGUGAUGCUUUCAACAUACUAGUGCAAAUGUACAUACGUAGAAUAAAGGUUUCGACUAACCAAUAUCAAAUAAGAACUGUAUUUACCUAUGUCAUUGUAUUCGUUGUAAUAAAAGGAAAUGUGAUAGGCAGCA